AUGGCCUCUGCAGACAAUCUUCAGCCGGACGCCGAUGCGUCUAAGCCACUUUCGGAUUGCGUUGUCGCGGUCUGCGGCAAGUUCAAUCGAACUCAUCAGCAAGUUGAAAAGGACAUCAAGACGCUUGGAGGCAGCUACAAGAAAUCCUUCUCUAAGAAGCUCACCCACCUCAUAGCUACCCAGGAGUCUCGAAGACGGACACCGCACCUCACCUUCUUGGUCAGCAGGACGAGAGCGACCAGGAAGAGUCCGGCAGUCAGUCCGGCGACUAGUCCGGCGACUAGUCCGGCGACCAGUCCGGCGACCAGUCCGGCGACGAUCAGAGAGCAGACGAGCGGCACGAGAAGGAGAAAAAGGUCCAAAUCCUGCGAAAUGCUUAUAUUUGUGUCAUUGCCACUCCCAAAGGCCAAAAAGAGGAGCGCAUCAAGAGCGAUAUCCGCGCCUUGGGCGGACAAUACCAAACGGCCAUCACGAAGAAGACCACCCACCUCUGUGCGUCACAAGACCAGUUCGAUAGCCUCCAUAAAGACAUCUGGUAAGGAGACGAGGUCAAAAGGCAGCCAGAGGAGAAGCAAGUCCCCAAAGCACAAUGGAACGAGCGACGAGGAGAGCAGUGAAGAAGAUGAAGAGAGUGACGAAGAGCAGUACGGAUCUCCUGCCCAGUACCAAUACGCAAAGACUCCUCGCCAUGCCCCUACAUCCACCCAAGAAUCAAGACAGGGCUGGGAGUACUUUCAUCGAGCUUAUGAGCGAUCCGGACUAGAAGACUAG